GAAAUAAUUCGAGUAUUUUGCCCCAACAUCCAACGCUGACAUUAGGGGGAAGAACGUAGAGUGAAAGAAAGGUUAACAAUGGCGUCAGAAAACACAGUGACUUCAAACUCUACAGAUGGUGAUCGACCGAAGGUGGUUGUCAUAAUGGGACCCACAGCUUCCGGGAAGUCGAAGCUUGCCGUUGAUUUAGCGUCUCACUACCCCAUCGAAGUCAUCAACGCUGAUUCCAUGCAGGUCUACCGCGGCCUCGAUGUUCUCGCCAACAAACUCCCUCUCUCUCACCAAAACGGAGUGCCGCAUCAUCUCUUGGGCACUGUAAGCCCCAACGUGGAAUUCACGGCUAAAUCGUUUCGGGAUUCCGCUAUCCCCAUUAUUGAUGACAUAUUGGCUCGCAGUCAUUUGCCUGUUAUAGUUGGGGGUACAAAUUACUAUAUCCAGGCUCUUGUGAGUUCAUUUCUUCUAGAUGAUUCGGCCGAAGAUAUGGAUGAAAGCUGUUUGGGUGACCUACCUGGCAUCACGCAGUCUGAGAACAGUUUCCCUGGUGAAAAUGAUGGUUCAAGCUAUGGUUAUGAUCUGCUCAAGGAUAUUGAUCCAGUUGCUGCUAAUAGAAUCCAUCCAAAUAACCAUAGAAAGAUAAAUCAAUAUAUUAAUUUGUACACUCGCACUGGUGUUCUUCCUAGUAAAGUUUUUCAAGGAAAGGCAGCAGAGAAUUGGGGUCAAGUUGACAACUUAAGAUAUGAUUGUUGUUUUAUAUGUGUGGAUGCAUCUCUCCCUGUACUGGACAGAUAUGUAGAGCAGAGGGUAGAUUGCAUGAUGGACGAUGGAUUACUCAAUGAAGUGUAUGACAUUUAUAAUUUGAAUGCAGAUUAUACUAGAGGUUUGCGGCAGGCCAUUGGUGUCCGUGAAUUUGAGCCUCUUCUUAGAACUUGUGUUGUCAAAGACAUGUAUGAAAGAGAGAGGGAAUUGACUGAAGGAUCCGAAAAGGGCAAGACAUUGUUUAAUUGUAAUUUGAUGGAGUUGGUGAGAUCUUCCGAUGAUACUGAAUCCACAAUUCUUUUGGAAGAAGCAAUUGAAAAAGUAAAGGUUAAUACCAGGAGACUUGUUCGGCGACAGAAGAGGAUGAUCAGUCGACUGCAGACAUUGUUUGGUUGGAAAAUACACUAUGUUGAUUCCACAGAAGCAAUAUCAAGCAAAUCAGAAAAUGUAUGGGCACGCCAAGUAGUUGAAUCUGCUGUGAAGAUAGUUAAAUCUUUCUUGAGUGAGAACGGAAGCUUGUCAUCCACCUUUGGGACUUCAGAUGACACAGGGAUGAAAAUAAUCCAAAGGGACCUCUGGACUCAAUACGUUUGCAAGGCUUGUGGAGAUCGCGUUCUUAGAGGAUUACAUGAAUGGGAACAACACAGACAAGGUCGGGGGCACCGAAAACGUAUUUCAAGUCUUAAGAGCAAGGGCCAAUUUCCUGGUUUCGUGGAACAGAAGGUUGAGUAUUCUCAGGUGAAGAAUAACAAUAUGUCGUAUGACUUGUGAAAUUAAAAGUAUAUUGGUAUAGUUUAUAACUUAACUAUGCUUAUGGUUGUAGUUCUUUCUUUUAUUAAAUUUGUUUUUUUUUAUCUUUUAAAAUAUUCAUUUUUGUGUUUUAACUCUUAAAUUUAAAUAAAUAUUGUCUUUCAAAA